AUUAAUAAGCCUGCACAAAAUGAAAAUGUGAGAGAAGAAUUAGACCCGAAGGAUGACUUAAAGUCAGAGCAUGAGCUGGUUCGUGUGUUGUCGGUUGAUGCUGAUACUCGUGAAUAUAGUUGAAGAAGGCUUCUAGUAGAAGAUGGGGAGCUUGUGUACCUGCGACGGCUCUGUGGGAUACGACAGCUCUGGCGCCGAUGAUACGGAUAUAUCAUCAUCUAACGCCGAUGAUACAGAUGCAUCAUCAGCAGAGGAGGCCGGCUUCGACAGCGGUUUCCCUUCCGGUGGUCAUUGCGAUGAGAAGAGAGAUCUACUAGCAAAGCCCGCGUGGAAGAUGAUAUCCAACUGGAUCAUGAAGAGGAAUACAGCACCAGACUACACACAAACAACAAAUCCCAUCUUCGAAGCCUCGGGUGUAGACAGGAACAAAGUUGCGGAGGAUUGCGAGAACGCUCGUCGGUUUGCCGAGGACGAGGCUGGUCAGUUUGCCGAGGUCGGUGGCGCGGGCGCUCGAGAAGGUGGUGAAGCCGCAGUUGAGAAGUGCGUAACGGCAUUUUUGGGCUCCUUCUCGGAGGUCCAGAAUUAUUAUUCUGGAUGGCUUCCAGUGGAAUUAUUCUGGAUGGCCCCAUAUUUUGGACAAUGGAAUUUUUUUAAAUUUGAAUUCCAGCCUCUGGUGUCCGAAUUGAGUAAACUGCUCGUCCGGAGCGGUGGAACCUCUCCCAAAUUGUUCAACAGGAAGCAAUAUGCCACAGAAAAAAGCUGGCAGGUCAUAUCUGUAAUGUUAAAAAAAUAAGCACAGUUGCAGAAUAACAAACAAUAAAUGCAUACAUCUCCGAGAAAAAUCUUUCAUGGGCAAGUCCAUAGCGCGCUGUGUCAGGUAUGUAAGACAGACCGUCAUUGAUUAAGUUUGCAUUGCAGGUAUCUACAGCCCGCCGGGGAGGAUGGGACCAGCCUCCCUUCCGGUACACCCUGAACAGGAAGCCCCCAUGAUUCUCCUCGGCGAUCUGAACGCGCGGUCGGUGAAGUGGGAGAAGAAGCUCAACAAAGACAACCCUGCCGGUGCGAUACUCAGCGGACUCCUAGGGCCCGCAGAAGACCACGACGGCAACUGGGCCCAGGCAAACACCAGGAAACUAGUGACGCGCCCAGUUUCACAGACGUCACCCGGUGUAAUAGUAUACGAAGCGAGAUAUUUUAGGCAUGAGCGAACAAAGUCAGUAUGCAUGAAAUCAAGCGACCACAAUCUGCUGCAGACUACGUUCAGUGUGACGGACAACUUUCUAGAGCUCUACGACUUCGAGCUAGAACCGCCGCCAGCAUUCAAAGACAAAAAUAGAGUAGUAUUUCGGGUAAAAGAAGCGACGACUAAGGAGUGGGACCGGUUUACGAGAGAGGUGGACAAGGAGGCGGAGAAGCUUUUCAAAAAACUAAAUUUACAGGGAAGCGAGAGCACAUAUGUCGAUUACUGGACGGAGGGGAUCGCGUCGCGGGAGGACUGGGUGCAGGGCAUGACAAUCAGCACUGCGAAAGCGGGCGAGACUUUGAUGAAAAUAAGAAAUAUUUUUAAGAAUGUAGGCAUGAAGACACUGAAAUACAAAAGAGAAAGAAAAGAAAAAGUUUCCAAAAAAGACGAGGCUGAGCAGAAGAUGGAGAAGAAGGAGCUGGACGAAAAGAAUCACUUGCAGGAGAUGGCGGCGGCGGCAGAAGACGACGAAACGGCCCGCCCGAAGGAUAUCGAUUGGGCCGGAAUUAGUGAACGGAAGGGACGGAAUAAAUGGAGCACGGGCUUCCCGAAAGUGAUGGUGAAGGCGGAUGAGAGUACGCGAAUAAAGUACCUGAAGCGGGCGACAGGGUGCGAAGCGAAGGACCUCCAGGAGGCAAAUAAGGUCCUCAAGGCGAAAAAGGUAAACCCUGCCCCGCUCGAGGACGAAUGCACGCGAGUGCCGGCGGAGAUAUGCAGAAUAAUAAAAAACUUCUUCAGAGAAAAACCAUACAAAGUAUGCGAGGAGUUUGGCGAGCGAGUCGCGGCGAAGGACGACGUGGCGGCGGCGUGGCGAGCCGCGGAGAAGGACUACAACAAGGCGCAAGUUAACGCAGAAGCCGAAGGGGGUGCCACGUGGUUGCUCUCGUAUCAAGAAUUCGAAGCAGCGGUAAGAAAGUUAGAGCCGGGCCGGACCCCGGGUUUUUGUAUGACAACGCAUGAGAUGACUAGGCAUGCAGGCCCAAUGAUGAAGUGGGCGAUGUUCCAAUGCAUGGCAGCGGACGUGAAGGAAGGCACAUACCCGAAGAUGGGGCGGCUAAUCUCGAUGGCGGCGGUUCCGAAAGUAUCAGGCGGGUGUUUCCUAGAGUCACUGAUGAGGCCGGUGGGCCUAUGCUCCGUUUUCAGCAAGCCCCUCGACAACAUGCUUGACCGACGACAAUGCCUAUACCUUGACGGCUGGAAAUGGGAAGGAGCAACGUUAAUAGGUAGAAGUACAUCAGUGCAGCCCGAGUUCUCGAACGCGUACAGGCAGUCCCACGGUAAGGAGUUUUCGACCGUAGUUAGUAUAGAUGGAAUUUUCCGCCAGGCCAGUGAUUUUGAAUGGAAUUUAUAGUGCUCAGUGAUUUUGAAUGGUUGUUGUUCGGGUUUUGAUAUUGUUUGUCAUGUUGAAGCACUAGGCCAGUUAGAAGCUAAGCUCUGCCCACCACAACAAAGAGCCUCCGUAGCAGGCUUUCUGAAGAUGCGGAAGAUCAAGCUUCCAGGCGGACGAGAGUACAGCCUGUGGGUCGGAAAGCCACAGGGGUCACCGCUGAGCGGCCCGGUGUGGAACGGGUGCACCAUCUCCCUAAUAGUAGACCUAGUAGCCCUGGACAUAAUAAACGCACUAAGUGCGUACAGUGACGACAUCACAGUAGUAGUAGCGGAGGGCGAGGAGACCGAGAAGCUCCCGGAGAAGAUGAAGCAGAUGGGAUUGAAGCAGAAAAUCUUCUUCGACGCGAAUAAGCACAAGCGGGUGGUCUACAACGCGCGGAGACCAAAAGCCAAGUCGACGAUUGGGAAGAGUCUCGGCGGCACGUACGACGGGACAUAUUCCUUCUCGACGCAUGCAGACCAAGUUGAAAAGAAAAUAGGCAAAGAAUUUGCAUUCUUGCAAACAGAACGCGGAUGGAGUCGGAAACAACAAAAGAUGUUAAUAGAAACAUUUGCAUACCCAGCUGUGACAUCCAUCUCAGUCGUCGCAUUUCCGUACUUCACGAAAACAGCAAAGAAGAACAUCGCGAAAGCUUUUGCAUCGAAGAGAAAACAAAGACUCAGCAUUCCGAAGCAGUGCAGCAAUGCGGUCAUGUAUAACGCGACGGGGCUGCAGCCACCUGUGGACUGUCUGCUAGUAGAAGCAUUAGUGACAUUCUACAAGGGGGCAGCGCUCGGUCUCUGGCCUUUCCACACGGAAGAGGCAGAGAUACCUGACUACAGGCCAAGUCAAGAAGUAGAGCGGGCGGAAAGAACGCAACCCGCCCCCCCCUCCCAACCCCCCUCCCAGGUAGAAGCUGCCUCCACAGGUGGCAGCGUCGCCGAAGAAGACCAGAGCGCCGCCAUCGGCCGCCCUGAAGACGAUGAUCCCCCAGUGACCGACGACAUCCCCGAUCCCGAGGUUAUUAAUCUUCCACGAGACCCAGUUGCUGCAACCACAUGCACGGAGAAUCCGUUAUGGGCGCACUGUGACGAAGCCUGGACCAACAGAAUAAACCGCAUUGCGAUCAGCCAGGACUUUCAGCACGUUGCGAAUAGCGCGAAGAGCCUGCAGGUCGGCCGGCAGUUUUGGAAAGGGGUGAACAAAGUAAGCAUCUCCCCUAUGUACAAAGUAGCAAAAAGAUACAGGCUCCGAGACCCAGCUGAAACAAAAGACCACCGCAUGAAGAACAGAACCAGGAAGAUGCCGGCGCAGCUAAUAGAGAAAGAAGCAAGGAGACACUUAACACACCCAAACACAAUGGCGACCUUCACGGACGGAGGAGCGAAAGGAGACCGGGGUAGUGGAGGCGGGACAACCUGGCACAAGGUGCUGCCCACAGCACCACGACCAGCGCCAGUAGCGGCCAGCUUCUGCGGAGUCGAAUCGACAAUCUGGCACGAGCUAGAGAUCAAUCCAGAUUCCUUCGAUGGUGAGUGUUUUGGUUUAAUGCAUCAAAUACGAGAAUUAAUAAACAAGGCACCAGAGCAGAUACUAAAAUCCAUAACAAAACACGUCUUCUACAUCGACUCCAGCGGUCUCCUGAUGGCGCUGGAAGCACUGCGGGACAAGUCCAGCGUCAUGGUGAUCGAUAUCGUAAAGGAACUGGAAAAACUGGAGGAGCUAUCGGCGCCAGGAUGCGAAAUUCACUUCAACUGGGUGCCGUCACACCUGGGGAACUUUUUCAACGAUUUUGCAGACGCACUUGCAGCAAGGGGGCUGCGAUACGUAGGAGACUCGUCGGAGGGACGUAGAACCUAUGGAAAAGUUAUCACAGAGAAGUUGCUCAGGCGGAUCGUGAGCUAGAUCGUGAAAAGCAGCCCCCAGAGCAGCAACAGUGCCCACCCCGACCGACUUAGGAGGUCAAGCCAGUUAGGAGAGUACCAAAGUGAGGAAAAAAGGCCAAGGUUUGUAGACGACGUCAUGUUUACAGUGUGGCUAGGGGUGGGCCACCCAGGUCGGCUAGGCAUGGGAAGAACGACACACAACGCACAGACGCCAAAAGAGAGCUACAUGACCUGCCCAGUCUGUCAAAAGAAAGUAGUGCCAAGUGCAGACCACUUGCUUUUUCAGUGCGAAGACCCUACGCUAGUGCAAUUGCGAAGAGAACACCUAGGCGCGCCAUGCAUAAAAGCCAUGGAUCCAUGCAUAAGUUUUGUCCGGGAGCGAAAAAACGUGAAGAACAUCCUGAACUUCUACGAGAAGGCCUCGCAGACACACGGAGGAAUUCUGCCCACGGGGCUAGCGAACGCGAUCAGAGGAGGACAGGCGGUUUUUGACGAGGCGGACUACAAAGACGUGGCAGAGUGGCAACCGGAGAAAAAGCCGAGCAAGGUCCAGGAGAGGGACCUGAACAAAAUAGCGAGCUGGAUCGGGAAGCUCUAGGAGAGAGACCGCCAACACGAAAACGAACAAAGCCGACAAACUGCUACGAACGAGGGGGCUACGCUCAGCCGGGCAACUUCUCCGAAAAACCUGCACCCAGAAAAACCCCACCACCCUUCCCCCCUCGCUUUAGGUUUAUCUGGAGUACAUGACACCUCUGGCUGCAGGAGCAGUCCCGGGGUGUUAGCGCGGGAGGAGCGGAACCGGUGACCAGCUGCGUCAGCCAGGGCACAUCGAAGCAGGUGGGUCUAGGGCAAUGAGGGUGCGCCAGGCGGAAGGUGGUGGAGAUGGGAACGGAGACAGAGUAGAGAACUUGUUGAGGCGCUUGCUGAGGCGGUCAAGUAGGUAGUAGCGUGAAGCCACCGCGCAUAGUUAAGAAGUUAGAGAGCACGACACUGCGAGGCUCGACCCGUCCUCGAACGGGGGCGGGUGAAUGUAGCAAGCGGUGAUCGUGGUACAGAGGCUGUCGCUCGUCCGCCACACUAGUUUCCUAACAGCAAGAAGAAAAAACAAGACAAGGCGCCUAAGCUACUACUAGUGCUUACGUGGUAAAGCAGUAGAAUAGCCGCGCGCCGCAUUCAACCCAGGGGACCCGCAGAACGACGGCCGAGAGCCCGCCCGGUGGGGAGUUUCCUUAUGUUCGUGUUCGUCUGCCCUCCACCCACUGCAGAAGAGCAACCUUGCAGACUUGAACCAGGUCGAUCUUUUUCAAAAAUCUCUGGUUAAUUCACUCCGGUCCGCCUUGCUCUUUGAAGAUCCGUGCGAAAAAGCACAUGAUAAGCUGCUGCCAUGGCGUAGAACGGUUAGUACAAGCGCAGGCCCUAGAGUGAAACAUGAUCGGAAUCGGGCUACAAGGCCACAGGUAAAUCACCCCUGCGUCUUCCGGUCGGCCUUUACGAAACUGACUACAAAAAACCGCGACGGUAGAAAGGGGGCGGUCUAGUCUACGGUCUAGAUCGUCUCCACUACCAUUCGAAAAACGCAAGUCCCAGCUAUAGUACAACAGGAGCGGCAUCCGACCCGAGUGUAGUCAGCCGGGCCAUUUUUAGAAGACGUUGCGAGGUUGGCGGAGAGGCAUCACGCGUGCAGUGGAACGAGAGGAAGGCCAGCGCUCAACUGCGUGAUGUUCGUCGUAUAUUGUCCUUCCUAGCUCUUCAAGUUCGUGCGGGCUCCUGGUGCUGCGAUCACCGUCGGGAGCUAAAUAACAUGAGAACGUAAGGACGUCGGUGUUUGAAAGCUAUUUAGUAUUCGACUUCUUACUACUUCUUGAUCCUUUUGCAUCUCUCACGCACAGCCAGGAUCUUUGUGUAGUUCGAAGCCCGCCGAAGUUUUGCGCGCGGAUUUAGCUUUCUUACCCCCCCGAAAAAAGGGGAGUCUCCAGACCCUUCAGGUCGUCCCUGCCGCCGGUGGUCACGUCCGCGUGGCGCUAUCAGCUAUCAGCUAUUAACUAUGUUUGGUCUCCGCUUGUGGAUGGCCGGCGAUUCGCGCCUGACCAUGCACGUGUAGCUGCGCGUUACUCUUUCAUUUCGUGCGGACUCCUGGUGUUGCUACCACCGUUAGGAGUAUAAGAAUUAAGAACAUAAGGACGUCGGGUUUUUGAAGGCUUUACUUUACAAGACCUCCUUCCGUCAUUUUUACUUUUUGCUGCGUUCACGCACAAAUUGUUUUUUUUGAUGGAUUGAGGCCCGCCGAAGUUUUGCGCGCGGGUUUAGCCCUCUUCUACCCCCCGAAAAAAGGCACGUCUUCGGACCCUUCAGGUCGCUCGGUGCCCCUCCGCCCGCGUUGCGCCCGCGCUUCGCCAUCAGCAUCAGCAUCAACUAUGUAGGUUAUCUUUCUCUCUUUCUUGAUUAAAAGAGAAAAAGUUUGCGAUCUCAAAAAAUCGAUCCCGCGCGGACACGCGAAAAGGAAAGGCCGUUUUUUUGGGUUUCUCAACCUGCUCGAAAGGCCGCUUGCGGAUCCCGUCUCCCUUGCCAAUUUGGCUGACGGCUGCUGUGUUUCACAUAGGAGGAACUUCGGCCAAAAGCCAGCGGGUAGGAACGAUCGGCGCCCCCGGGCGCUCGUCCUCGCGUCUUCCCCAGGUCCGGUUUCCAUGUGCUACGAGCGAGAGCCCCAAAUACAACCUCCAAAAGCGGUUCCCUUCUUCCAAUGAGAACCCGACGACUGUAAUUUAUGCACCCCCAAAACCGACCCCCGGAGGCCCUAGCCGCCCCCUUCGGAGCGCGCGGGGCCGGAAGAAAUCUGCGGAAGCUUUUCUGUUCUUUCAGGCUUGCUCGCCUCUGCGAACAGCAAGCGCCCGGCUCGUCAUGUAAGAUGGGCAAAAGUCUUGGGAACUUGGCUAGAAGUGCGCACACACCGCAAAGACUUUUGGCUCUUUUGGGGUCGGCACCUGUGGAGCCAGACUAAGAGGCGCUUGCCUCGAUAUUCGAAGCACCCGGAAACCGUAGGAGCCCAGGCGGGCCCAGGCGAUUGGGAUUGGUUGGGCGCAAUUGCUAUUCGCGUAAAAAUGCAAAAGGCUUAAAAGCCCCAGAAAGCAGCCUCCGUUCUUCGCGUGUUCGCGUUGUUUGGUUUUUUUAUAAAAAUCGAAAGAGUUUAUUUUUGCUCUAGUUUGGCACUUGUUUUUGCAUAUACAGAAAGAAACGCUCGCCAGCUUUUUUCUCGGGGAUAAACAACGUAUCUAAAUGCAAGUAAGUAUGUCGGGUCCUGGAAAAGGAAACAUGCAAGCUUUCGAUGCGUUCGAGCAAUACCACACAAGGGGUCUGUCAUUUUGCUCGCUUCCUGAUCCCAAAAGAGGGGGAUUUGUCAUGCGGACGAUUAGGCAUUAAGAUUAAGAGGGAGCCUUCUUGAAGCCCGUGGCGCUAGGUCUCUCUUGCAUGCCAGACCUCCUGGGCCAGGCAAAAACAGCAUGAGAAACAUCUGCACGCAUCCAGUCCCAGACAUUUUUGCAUUUCAGACAAGAACGCUUGCGCACUGAUCAAUUUCGAUUGCGCUUUAUGACCAGCGACCGGGGCAGUAGUUCGUCGUUGACGAGAUCGUCGUUGAAAGAGCAAUGUUUGUUAAAACUCCAACAAAAAUCAUCGGAUAAAUUGAUCGAGAUCAUGGAGCCGGAGGGCGCGGAAAGUAGUUUGUUGACAAUCAGACCUACACCUAAUCCUACACCUAAAGUAGGAAUGUGAAUCACUUCCCUACUCCUUUGACGCACUUCCCCACGCACCACCAGCCGACCCGGAUCAGUACCCCACGUCCCCCGCAUCACCUCCCCACCGACCUCCCCCGCAUCACUACCGGAGCGGCCGCAGGUCUGGCGCAGGGUCGGUGAUGGACUUGGUUUUUUAGGGGUUAGUUCUUGGCGUUCGGUGCUUAGGGCCGACCGCCGAGGCCAGCCGGCGUGCCUCGGCGCUCCCCUUUCCCCCGCGAUGCUGCUCGCCCAGUCCGCCCCCCUGCCUAUGCGGCCCAGCUCCUCUCCCACCCUGCUCAUUAGUAUCUUUUGGCCCUCCAGUGUGGUGUCAUGCCCCCACCGCGCUUUGCGUGCCGUGUGUGCUUACAGCAUCCAUUGCGCGCACGGUGUGGUGUUCCAUGUCUGCCCCCCUAGGCCUGCCGCCAGGUUGCGGCCGCGUACAUAGGUAGGCUCGCGGAGCGGAGCUACGGGCGGCAGGGGAUUACAGCGGGUGGUGGGGAAGUGGGGCCGGGCUUCCCCACUUCCCCAGCACUUGGGAAGUACUACCCCACAGGGGGGGGGAUGCACCUCCUCAAGGUGGGGAAGUGGGGAAGUGAUCCUGCGUCGUGGGGAAGUGAUUCGCGCCAUAUCCUAGCGUGACGUUCGGGGACAGCCCGCCCGACAGUCAGGAGGCACCCGCCAUCCCACGCCCGACAAGCGGUUUCACCGUCCUUCCCUCGUCGCCGACUGAGCAGAACGGUUUUCAACCAGGCUGCGUUGACCCCAGCAACCCAUCGGACAAGUCGGGGUCCUUCUCGAAGAUAGAGUUCAACGUCCUGCACAUGACCACAUAUUUGCAGGCUUUUUCGCCGGAGGUUGCGAAACUGAUAGACUUGGAACUCUUGCAGCAGAGGAACAAAUCUGAAACAGAUGUUGCGGAACGGGCGAAGUUCUUCUACGAACUAGGGUAUACCAUCAAACAGUACGUACGUCUCCUAACAAAACAAGUAUUCAGAACGAAAGAAAGCCGUGGGGGCCGAGGAUACCGGGAAAGGGCUGCGGUAGCUGAUCAAUUACUGUCAUGGGGUGUAGCAGAAGAAAACAAACAAAUUCCCCACGUGAACACGCUGCAAAUGAGAAGAACGGUAGACGAGAAGGGCAAGAAAACGGCCGCGUGGAAAUUGCAGUUUGGCACUUUCGCCAACGAUCCGAGCAGCUGUGUGUUAACACUGUGGGAAACGAAGGGAGGCGGUGAUAGUGAGAAUAGUGAGCCCUGGUUGUCGCCGGAAGGUAAGGGAGUCAAUUUGUCAAAGUUCCAAACACCUGACGGAAAAGAACAAGCAGUCAUCGGAAUUGACUGGUGGAACAGUCGGAAGGCAGCGUCCUCUGCACUGGAGAUUUCGGAAAGUAGUGGCGCGGCCUUCUCCAACAUACAGAACAACCUGAUGUCCUUCGACACGGUCAUCGAGCAGCAAUUUCACGACCAAUACAAGCUGCACAUGUGGUCCUCCAACUCCAGUUACCAGCAUCACUCCCACGCCCCCGGUUGGCUGUUAGCCGUCCUCGCGUGCCUCGGCGUCGUAAUGUUGCUGCUCAUCUUUUACUUCUACGGGCGCAACUGUUUGUACAACUGCUGGAAAAGUCGCUGCUUCGAGGGUUGCUGUUGCAAAGUAUCGCAGAGAAAAAACCUUGCGUAGCAUAUUUGUAAUGCUAAAUAAAAGGAGUAUAGCUAUGCAGGAUCGUGGUCGCAUUUAUUUCUCGCCGUAUUUAUUUCUGCAUUAUUCUAGUUUUUUUCUCUUGGAUAUUGCAGACCAAACAAGAAGAGGGUCAAACGGAAGACGCGCUCCAAGAACGAUACCGACGCAAAACAGCAAGGGCGAAACCGUGACACAUUAUCAAAAUGCAAAAUCCCUCCUCCCCAUAUUCAAAGGAAGACUGCUCAUGCUGAAUGUGUGUACACAAAUCAACAGCAUUACUGGCUUGCCUUUUGAGUAUGGGGGGGGCGAUUUUUCCUCACGAUAGUGCUCAAGCUCGGGGGACGGGGGGAGCACGUCGGUCAACGGGAGCCGGUUGAUCGAGCACCAGCAGGAAAGCAGUUUACUGGGGACACAGAACGAGAGCGUGUUGAACGGUAGCAGUCUACUGGGGAAUAGUUCGAACGGCGUUAACAGCUGGCCGACUUACGGUUCGACGGUUUCCGCCGCAAAUGGCGCCGCAACAUCUUCUUCCGUGCUGUGCGAAGAUUCAGGUGACCGCGAGGUCGCGAUAGAAGACGACGGUCAAGCGUACCGCCACGACACAGUCUUGGACUUCGAGGAGGAUUAUCCAUUGCAAAUAUAAUGUCUGGCUCUGGAACAUGGCAACUCGAACUCGUCAUGGUGUGUCUUGAUCGUGCAAAAAUUUCAAUUUUUUUGCAACAAUUAUCUGUAGUGGUGCUUUUGUGUGCAACAUUCCAGACCAUCUGUAUGGUCCACGAGAUGCAUGACAAACGCGUCCAUUCUUCUAGAGCCAGACGUGUUUGCAAUUGAUAAGGAUUCAGCGUCGGAGUCGGACGAUUCGGAGCAGGAAUCAGGUUCGGAAGACGAAACAGAGCUCCGAGACGUGGUGGGACAUUAUGGAAGCGAAGCACAAACUUAGCGCUCUCGAAAGCAUGAGAAAGCGUCGUGCUUGCUGGGAAUAAGAAGGGCUUACUUUUCAUUCCUGAGGACUACGCCUUUGAUAUUUUUAAGGACGACAUCAAUAUGCAUCGUUGUGGUCCCAUGCAUAAUAUGGAUAUACAUGCAUAAUAUGCAUGGGACCGCAAGCCCGAGCUGGCUCUGCUACAGGAAAGCGGUCCGCGUGCUUCACUUGCAUACUUCACCGUGCGAAGAGGACGACGAGGAUUUCCGCCGGAGGAUUGGCGUGUUUGGGGAAGAAGGGGAAGAAGAGAUUGAGGAGAAGCGGAUCGGGUAUUUUUAUUUGUGCUGAUGCUUUUUGUACUUCAUACGAAACGCGGAGAGAUGAUACGGAUUUGGACUGAUCAAGAGCAGAGUUUUCAUAUUUACUCUAGGGUCUUGAUUUAUAGUUGAUUUUUCAACUUUUUUUCUUUUUCCUUUGCAGGUCCACCUCCUUUGGUUCGUCCGGGCGCGGCAGCAGCAGCAACGUUUCGGGGACAGCGGUCUCGCCGUGA